UUUGUUGUGAUGUUCCGGUCUAGAUAGCCUGCUUGGCUAGCGGCUAGCACUGUGGCGUUGGUAGCAACUUGAGAGGAUCCGGCGAGCCUUGUCAGAAUUAGCCAACGGACAGUCUCUUUCAGGUGUUUGGAUCUUUGAAAUACUCUGUGCUGGUUCUGGCUUCCACUCUGUGCCUCACUGGUUAUCAGACGGGUACCUGAAAGCAAAAGGCCCAAAUUCCAGCUCUGGCUCUCGUCUGCCCCUGAUUCAUUAAGCCUGUAUUGAGUCAGCUGGAAACUCCCAGCUUGACAAGUCAAGAUGUCGUCCAUCUUGCCAUUCACUCCUCCUGUGGUGAAGAGGCUUCUGGGCUGGAAGAAAUCACCUAACGGACCUGGGGUGGCGGGCAGCGGAGAACAAAACGGGCAAGAAGAGAAAUGGUGCGAAAAGGCCGUGAAGAGCUUAGUGAAGAAGCUAAAGAAGACAGGCCAGCUAGAUGAACUAGAGAAAGCAAUCACAACGCAGAACUGCAACACAAAGUGUGUCACCAUUCCCAGCAAUUGCUCUGAAAUAUGGGGACUGAGUACACCAAAUACGAUAGAACAGUGGGAUACAUCAGGCCUAUACAACUACCCUGACCAAACCAGAUCUCUAGAUGGACGCCUGCAAGUCUCCCACCGGAAAGGGCUUCCUCAUGUCAUCUACUGUCGCUUGUGGCGAUGGCCGGAUCUUCACAGCCACCACGAGUUGCGAGCCAUCGAGGCCUGCGAGUAUGCCUUCCACCUCAAAAAAGAUGAAGUCUGUAUCAACCCCUACCACUACCAGAGAGUGGAGACCCCAGUGCUGCCUGCUGUUCUUGUGCCAAGACAUUCAGAAAUCCUGCCAGACCUGCCACCUCUGGAUGACUACACUCAUUCUAUACCUGAGAACACAAACUUUCCUGCAGGAAUUGAACCUCCAAACAACUAUAUACCAGAAACGCCCCCACCGGGUUACCUCAGUGAGGAUGGGGAGGCCAGUGAUCAACAGAUGAAUCAAAGCUCUCCGGCGGAGCUCUCCCCGAGCACUCUGUCUCCUGUCAAUCAUAGCAUGGAUCUUCAGCCGGUGACUUAUUCAGAACCAGCCUUCUGGUGCUCAAUAGCCUACUAUGAGUUAAACCAGCGCGUGGGAGAGACGUUCCACGCGUCUCAGCCAUCUUUGACAGUGGAUGGAUUCACAGAUCCAUCCAACUCCGAGAGGUUUUGCUUGGGCUUGCUGUCCAACGUCAACAGGAACGCCACUGUGGAGAUGACGCGAAGACACAUAGGAAGAGGAGUUAGACUCUACUAUAUUGGAGGGGAAGUGUUUGCAGAGUGCCUGAGUGAUAGCGCCAUCUUUGUUCAGAGUCCAAACUGCAAUCAGCGGUAUGGAUGGCAUCCUGCAACUGUGUGUAAAAUUCCACCAGGCUGUAAUCUAAAAAUAUUCAACAACCAGGAGUUUGCUGCUCUGCUGGCACAGUCAGUCAAUCAAGGCUUUGAGGCUGUCUACCAGCUUACCAGGAUGUGCACCAUCCGAAUGAGCUUCGUCAAAGGCUGGGGAGCUGAAUAUAGGCGACAAACUGUCACAAGCACUCCUUGCUGGAUCGAACUGCAUUUGAAUGGUCCUUUACAGUGGUUGGACAAGGUCCUGACCCAGAUGGGUUCUCCAUCUGCCCGCUGCUCCAGUAUGUCCUGAACAGCUACGGAAAUGCCCCAAAAAGAGCUCAUUAUUACAAAGAUCAUUAAAUUUUAAACAUGCGAGUUCUUUCGGAAAACAAUACAGCAAAGAAGUCAUUUCUGUUGACGUGCUUCAUAGUAUUUGUGUCCCAGUUCCACACCCCUCUUUUAACUUUUCUACACCACACACACACACAUACAGGCACACUCUUUUACACACACAUGGACACACACACAGACUUCUCAGUAAUUGGCACUUUGUUACCCAUGUCUAUGUCAUGCACCUUGUUGAAUUGCUUUGCCCCAAAUCCUUAAUAUUAGAUCUAUUUGUGGUACAAAAUAAAAAUGUAUAUUGGUUUUUAGUCUGGGAAGUAGGGGGGAAAUACCAAAAAUAUCUGUGAAUAGUUUCUCAGUGUUUGAAAAUUGCUUGUAAAACUAUCAUGAGCUCGAAUGCUUACAUGACUUUUGUUCUAGUCCACCACAGCUAUUGUUCUGAGCCGAAAGUUUACUUUUUUCUAGGAAACUUGACCCUGCUGUUUGUUGAGGGAGGGGGCUUGAGAAAGAAAUGAUGGCUGUUCUUCCUCUGAAGGAAAUGCCACAAUAUGUUUAUGAAAUUUGAUUAAAUUGACUUUUACAACCAUGUUCAUUUCCAAAAAAAAAAACUCCAGAUGCGUGUCGUUCUAAGACAUGCUUCUAUACGGACAAAUAGGAAUGUUGGUAAUUCUUUCCAUAGUGCUAAAAAAAAGUGCAGUCCUAGUUUUAGUACAGUUUAUUUUAGUCAUUGUAUGACACUCCUCACUCUCAGCGUAGUUGUAUUCCCGUCGGAUCGACCCGACAAUGAAGAUAACGGCCAGCUCUAGCUUGGCACACAGACUGGGCAGGGACCAGAGAAAUCAGCAAAUAUCUGUUCUCCUUAUUUUCCUUUGUUUUUAUUUUUAUUUUCCUCUUAUUGUGACACUGGGAGCAGUGAGGCUCUCCAAGGUGAAGCUUUAGUUGUCUCACCAAGAGACGUUUGAAGGUAUCACUGAAUCCAUUGUGUUCUCAGCCUGUAUCCACAUUGUUUUGUUACUUUUUUAUAUUCUCAUGUAUUUUUAUAUAUAUAUAAAUAUACCUAAAAUUUCCUGUCAUUCACCUCCUAUUCAACCAUUGCUGUUUUUCAAGUAACUUGGACAUCAUUCCUACAUUUAAUCCCAAAUUUCAAUUAGCAUGUCUUUGUUUCAGGUUAAAAGAAAUGAUGCAUUUUCUUAAAACUGCCCGACAUGACGUGUAGCCUUAUUGAACUUUUCUUUCCCCAAAGAAAUCCACCAAUUUUGACUGAAACUUUUAAGUCUUCAUUGCUGAAAUUGUUUCAAGAGCUUUGCCUGCGAAUGUUAGCAGAGCCCUGCCAUUCAUCUCUUUUUGCACACGAGACCUCUUGUAUCUUUUUGGUGCUUUUGUCGAGCAAUUAUUUUAAAACCUAUCCAGACUUAAUUUGCUUUAAAAUGGCAGGAGAUUGAAUGUGCCUGCACACUGGGACACCCUGUGUUAAUGUGUGUAUCGUCUUUGUUCAGUCUCUAUAAAGUACAGUAUGUACAUCAGAACUUACUACCUUAAAGUCAUUUUGUUGCUGUUGCAGGUUUAACAUGUAUCCUUGCACCCCCUCCAAAUGGCACUAGAGAUUGUACUUUAAGUGCACCUAGUGGGGUUUGAAUCUGGGGGGACUGAAUGAUGUGUUUAGGGUCAAGUGUUACAUCGUUUUUAGUCUUUCGCCUACAACAUAUGAAUGUGAAAAAAAAUAUACAUUAUAAAAACUGAUGUGGACCAGACAUGCAUAUGCAUAACAGUAGUUCAUUAUAUGUGUAUUUAACAGUAACCUUUUUGCAAAGCAGUCAGUACAGUAGAUGUUGCAUUUGUUUUACCAGUAGAGGGCGGAAUUGAUAGAUCAGUUCUUUGUUUAGUUUUUUGGGUUUUUUCUGACCAUAAGCUUCUCAGGCGUGUGGCAUAUUAUGCAGACUUCAUAAAACACUAAUAAAGAUUUUUAUUCUCAUGA